CCAAUUCGUGCGUCCUCGUCGGCCCAAUUCGCCCAUAUUGGCUUCAUAUCGAGUCAAUCUCCUUUUCAAACGAAACUGACACGCGAACAAUAACGCAAUUUAUUUCCCCAUUCCUGCGAGCACCUUUGUGGGUGUCGGGCCCACAACUGCGUGAAGAUGGGACGGUACGACUUCAGGCCCCUUCGGGUUCACCAGACAGCGGCUCAAUUGCUCGCGACCAAACGCAUCAAUCAAUCUCCUAGCUGGUUUGAUGUCGUCGCUCAGAUUCCUCCGACCCAAGCGUUAGUGCGUAACCAGCCUGUUCAGCAUCAAGAGCGGCAGCGAAGGCAUAAAGCAAAGAAGCCUAGCCGAAUGUUCCAACCUCAGCAAAUAAAAUACCCCGAGGACGCUAUGCGGAAAGAAUUCUUUGCGGAUCAUCCCUGGGAACUUGCUCGCCCUAGGGUGGUUCUGGAAAAUGAUGGAAAAGACGCGCAGCAUUGUGAUUGGAGCAAAAUGCGACAGCCAAAUAGAAGGCUGGACGGCGAGAGUGUCAUCCAGCGUCAGUUAUGGCUGCUCAACAAUGUACCUGAGAUGACAGUCGCUAGAGCUUAUGAUCAAGCGCGCGAAGAGUUCUAUGCCCUGCGACACGAAGAGGAGGUGGAAAGAAGAGUAGCAAAAGAGGAGGCACUCUCGACAGGCGCAUACUUUGGUAAAAAUUACCUCGAAGUCGGCAUGGAAUUGGAGAACAAGGCAUUCGAGCAGUGGAAAGAAUGGGCGUCUCAGAUGGUCACCGCUGCCGAGCAGGCUCGCACUGCUGCUUAUUCCGGAACAAGCGGUGCACAAGCAGAUUUGGGAUCCGACGAGUCGCAAAUGGAGGCUGGAAUCGACGAACUCAGUGGCUCUGUUCCCGCGCAGGGGCAAGAAGCCCGUGGAGGAGCCGUAUUCCACCCUUAGGGGCUGGUUGUGGUAUUCCCAUAUAGAUUCAUGAGUUUUGUCCUUCUUUUUCUAAAGAGAUUUUAUUGCGGGAGUUUACUGUACAUUAGCAUAGUGACGCCAAUCUGCGCUCUCUUCCUAUUUAUAUUUGAAAGACAGUUGGCCAGACAUUUAAUCUUCAGGAUCCA